AUGGUAAGCUGACUCUCGGUGAACUUGACUUUUUUCGGGUAUAACAGCCCGUAGGUCAGAAGAAGGUUAUCAAGGCCAAAAAGAUAAAGGAGAUCAAGACGCAGGAUGUUCCUACCUUGCCGACAAAGGAAGGGAAGGGCAAAGGCAAAUCAAAAGUCGCAGCUCUGCCCGAGAUUGCCAAGAAAAAGACGGUGGCUGAAAUUAAGAAGGCUAUAAAGAAGAAUCCUCUAAUUCAGAAGAGGCCAAGGAAUUUUGGCAUCGGACAGGCCAUCCAACCGCGUAGAAAUGUCUAUCGUUUCGUUAAAUGGCCGAAGUACGUCUUGCUUCAACGGCAAAAGGCCAUCCUCAAGAAACGAUUGAAGAUUCCGCCGCCGAUCAAUCAGUUUAACGAGGCUCUUGAUCGCGCAACCUGUACGUCGUCUUGUCUCUUACCUCUUGUUUUCAGCUCUCCAGGUUUUUAAUUUGUGCAACAAAUACAAGCCCCAGAGCAAGCAGUCAAAGAAGGCCCAGUUGACACAUCGUGCCCAGAAGCGAGCUGACGGUGCUCCUGAUGCCCCAACUGCUCGAAAAGCUGUCCUUAAGUCAGGCGUUCGCGAAGUCACUGCUUCGAUUAUGCAAAAGAAGGCCCAGCUUGUGUUGGUUGCCCAUGAUGUUGAUCCGAUUGAGAUCGUCCUAUUCCUUCCUGCCCUUUGCCGAAAAAUGGGUGUCCCUUAUGCCAUCGUUAAGGGCAAGGCCAGGCUUGGACGCGUAGUCCGGCGCAAGACCUGCACCUGUUUAGCUUUCACUGGUGUCCGAACGUAAGCUUUAACUUGUACGUAACGCGCUUCCGUAGUGAGGACAAACCCCGGCUCGCAAAGAUCGUUCAAACCGUGAAGACCAACUUCAACGAUCGUCAUGACGAAGUACUCAUGUUUAUUUUUUUUACACCUCUAACUUCUCUCCUAGAUCCGUAAACACUGGGGCGGUGGCGUCAUGGGAUCGAAGUCUUUGGCCCGCGUGGCAAAGCUGGAGAGAGCGAAGGCCAAGGAAUUGAAGAUUAAGCUCGGCUAG